AUGGGUGGAGCCAACCACUCCAUGGUGUCUGAAUUUGUGUUCCUGGGACUCUCCAAUUCCUGGGAGAUCCAGUUUCUUCUUGCCUUUUUUUUCUCUGUGUUCUACAUGGCAAGCCUGAUGGGAAACCUCCUCAUUGUAUUUUCUGUGAGUGCUGACACUAACUUGCACUCCCCCAUGUACUUCCUGCUGGCUAACCUUUCCUUUCUUGACAUGGGGUUUUGCUCUACUACUGCUCCCAAAAUGAUUUAUGACCUUUUCAGAAAACGCAAAGCCAUCUCUUUUGGGGGUUGUCUAACUCAGAUCUUCUUUAUUCAUGCCAUUGGGGGCACAGAAAUGGUGCUGCUCAUUGCCAUGGCCUUUGACAGGUAUGUGGCCAUAUGCAAGCCUCUCCACUACCUGACCAUCAUGAACCCACGAAUGUGCGCUUUGACUUUGGCUGCUGCCUGGGUCCUUGGCCUCAUCCACUCAGUGGCCCAACUGGCUUUUGUCAUAGACUUGCCCUUCUGUGGUCCUAAUGUACUGGACAGCUUUUAUUGUGACCUCCCACGACUCAUUAAACUUGCUUGCACAGAGACCUAUAGACUAGAGUUCAUGGUCACCGCCAACAGUGGACUCAUCUCUGUGGGUUUCUUCUUCAUAUUGAUUAUUUCCUACAUUUUCAUUCUGGUCACUGUUUGGAAAUACUCCUCAGGUAGUGUAUCCAAGGCGCUCUCCACCUUGUCAGCUCACGUCACUGUGGUGGUCUUAUUCUUUGGGCCAUUAAUUUUCUUUUACACCUGGCCCUUCCCUUCAUCACACUUGGACAAGUUUCUUGCUAUCUUUGAUGCUGUUCUCACUCCUUUUCUGAAUCCAGUCAUCUAUACAUUCAGGAACAAAGAGAUGAAGGCAGCAAUGAAGAAACUGUGCCAUCAGCUUGUGAGUUACAGGAAGAUGCCUUAA